AUGCGGAUGCAUGAAGCUGGCGUCUCGCCAGAUGAUUACCUUGCCCGCCGUCCGUCGCGUGCGCCUCCCUCGGCCAUCGCGGCCAUUGCCUCCGCCCCCGCCGCCGCGGACGCGGCCUCCGUCGACCCGGUCGACCCGGUCGACCCCGUCGACCCUGAUGAGGUCGAAGAGGAGGAGGAGGAGGACGAGGAGGAGGAGGAGGAUGGAGGGGCCGAUGAGGCCCAGGGCCAUGCCGAUGCCCCCCUCGAGGCCCGAAUCACCCCCAAUGACAACUAG